UGGCCAGCCACCGUUUAUUUCUUAAGGCCACCGCACUCUAGAAGUAACAGUCUAACAGAAUGAUUAUCCCGUCUUAUUCUCUCCCUUCGUCAUUCUUCAUCAACAUUAAAGUUACGUGCUCUUCGCAGAAAACUAAACUCCCAAUUGCUAGAGAAAGAUUAACGUUAUGUUCAUGUGGAAGACGGCAUUUCAUCGAAGCAGCAACCACCACAGCUUUACUCCCACUAAAACCUUCCUCCUCCUCUGAAUUACUUUCUGAUUACACGUAUAUGUUGAAGAGGGUUCAUCCUCCAAGACCGAAUUGGUAUGAGGAGUUCUAUGCGUCAGUUAUGAAUUCAAGCAUGGAUUCAUACGAGGCAGAGAUUGCAGUUUAUAAAUCACAGAUUUUUGGUAAUUUGAGGGGAAAUGCAGAGAAAGUGUUGGAGAUUGGGAUCGGAACUGGCCCUAAUCUCAAAUACUAUGCCAAUGAUCCUAAUAUCCAGGUUUUUGGUGUUGAUCCGAACAUAAAGAUGGAGAAGUAUGCUCAGGCGGCGGCAGUGGCUACUGGUUUGCCUCUCACAAACUUCAAAUUUCUCCAAGCAGUUGGGGAGGCAAUUCCAUUGCGUGAUGAAUCUGUAGAUGCUGUUGUCGGAACGCUUGUCUUGUGUUCAGUUAAAGAUGUCGGUAUGACACUACAAGAGGUAAAGAGGGUGCUGAAACCCAGUGGGCUUUAUGUAUUUGUUGAACAUGUGGCUGCAAAAGACGGAACACUUCUUAAAUUCUGGCAAAGUGUUCUAGAUCCUAUACAGCAGAUAGUUGCGGAUGGUUGUCACCUUACCAGAGAAUCAGGAAAGGACAUAUCUGAAGCUGGAUUCUCAGGACUGGAAGUUGGGAAUGUAUAUUUGUCUAAUGCCUCACUCAUAAAUCCUCAUGUGUACGGCAUAGCUUGUAAAUAGCAACAAUAAUCCUCAUGUCAAUCAAGUUAACCCUGUUAAUCACUUCAGUCUAUCAGAUUUUGAUUUGGUAGGCCACGUUAAAUCUCUUCCCAAUAUUUACAAUCAGUGCACAGCUCUAAGUUUUAUAACGGGAUCGAUGUAUUUGUUUGGUGCA